AUGAACCAGCUGAUCCUUUGCACACUGCUUCUUUUGGCUGCCGGGGAGCUGGCUGGGGCAUGUCCCGCAGGCUGCCAGUGCCAAGACCCCAAGACCAUCCUGUGCGCGGCCAGACGGGGCCAGACUGUGCCCCAGGGGCUGCCCCCCAACACCCUCUCCCUCUACGUCUUUGAGAACGGCAUCACGAUGCUCAACGAGGACAGCUUUGCCGGCCUGCCCGCCCUCCAGCUCUUGGACCUCUCGCAAAACAAGAUCACCAGCAUCCAGAAAAACAUCUUCCAGCCCCUGACGGAGCUCGUCAACUUGGACCUGUCCUCCAACCAGCUGCAGGAGAUCACCAACGAGACCUUCCACGGACUGCGGCUGCUGGAGCGGCUCUACCUGCAGAGGAACAGGAUCCAGCACAUCCAUGCUGCUGCCUUUGACACACUGGAGAACCUGCUGGAGCUGAAGCUGCAGAACAACCAGCUCUGGGACCUGCCCCCCCUCGACCUGCCCAACCUCCUGCUGCUGGACAUCAGCUGGAACAAGAUCCCCACCAUUGCACCGGGGACCUUCCAUGCCGUCAACAUCGAGUCCCUGAAGAUUGCAGGGCUGGGCCUGACGAGCUUAAAUGAGGAGCUCUUCCAGGUCCAGAACAACCUCCACGAGCUGGAUGUCUCUGACAACCUGCUGGAGCGUGUGCCGGCAGUGCUGCGGCGGCUGGGGGGCCUCACCAAGCUCAGCCUGGCUGGCAACGCCCGCAUCUCCCAGCUGCCGGCGGAGGACUUCCACAGCCUUCACAACCUCCAGGAGCUGGACAUCAGCAACCUCAACAUCAACACCAUCCCUCGGGAUUUCUCCGGCUUCUUCCCCAGGCUGCGAGCCGUGACGGCUGCCGGCCACCUGGAGUGCCUGUGCCCGGCGGGCUUCACCGGGACGUACUGCCAGGUAGAGGCGAGGGGGACGACGCUGUCCCCGGCCACGCAGGCCCCGCCGCCCGGCCGGCGGAUCAGCAUCGCGCAGGUCAGCAGCACCUCCCUCAAAGUGGACUUGCAGAACUAUGUCCAGUCCAAAGCGCAGCUGAAGGGCAUCCGCUUGAGCUACCGAAAUCUCUCCGGACCGGACAAGCGGCCGGUGAUGCUGCGUUUGCCGGCUUCGCUCUCCGAGUACACGGUGCGGGCGCUGAAGCCCAACUCCACCUACCGCGUCUGCAUCGGGCCCCUGGGGGAGAAGGUCUCCAAGGAGGAGCACUGCGCUGAGGCGCAGACCUUGCCGGUGAGCCACCAGCAGCACUCCCCCGUCACCCAGAGCAAGGACAGCAACCUCACCCUGAUGAUCGUCCCCGCGCUGGCCGCCGUGCUGCUGCUGGUGGUGGUGGUGACCGCCGGCACGUACUACCGCCGGCACCGCCGGGCGAAGGCGCACGCCGGCCCCGGGGUGGAUGCCAGCCCGCUGGAGCUGGAAGGGGUGAAAGCCUGCCUGGAAAAUGGGGAUUUGAGCAGCCACGGCUGCAAGGUGCCGGAGGCGGCGAUCCUUUCCGGCGGCUCCGAGUGCGAGGUCCCGCUCAUGCAGUCACACUACCCCAGCAACAACAACACCCCGGGGCUCAAACCCUCCUAUUUCUGA